UCUUGACUUCUAAUGUCUAUGUUCGCAAACACACAGACGCAUGCGCAUGCCUACGAAGUCGCUCUUUUCGGUGAAUUUUUUGCUCGGGAUCUCAAGGCGAUUCUCAAUCGCCUGACACUGCACACGGAGUCCGCAGCACCCAUGCACACCCGUGAAAUUUUAUUCGAACAGUUCGGAGUUCAGUCACAAGUACAAGGAGAUGAACCAGCGUUGCUAAGAGCAAAAAAAGAACUAGGAGAUGGCACGGAAAGUGGAUGGACGCUUUUCUCAUACCUCAAGCCGGAAUCCGUACGCGUUCAUCCUGAGGCCACUGUCAGACCAUGGGCUACUUGCGAAGUGAUUGGUGAUGCCCUCAGUUUCGCUUCGGCACUGGGAUAUGUACAACGAUCACAAAUCUACAAACGUGGAUAUGCAUUUCGAAGAGGUGCUCUGAUAAUACAGAUGUUUCAGCAAGAGCAGGUUGACCCAAAGACCUCCCUCCCUAUACCGGCACACACCGACACACUCUGGGAGGUCGAGGUCAAGACUGCCACUCAAGUUAAUACAUCCGCACAAGCAUCUAGCGGGCACGUGCAAGUGAGCACAGUCCGUACAGCUAUUGAUGCUGUUCUCGAAGUUCAGCUCAUCAUGAAAGGACUACUGGACCUCCGGCGACAGGAUCUGUAGCUUAAAUCACUCAAGCGGACGGUUGUUCAUAAUUUACACUGGAUUUGAGAUGGUCACCUGCUGCUCUGUGCCACGUCCUUGUCCUCAAACUACAUCACUGUACACUCCACUUGUUAUUGAGUACUGAAGUAAAUGUCACAGGCACCAUGAUGUUAACUGGACCUUGUAAUUUAUUGGGUAGCUUGAAUCAAAUAACUGCCAGACCGUUUGAAC